CACCAUGAUUGUCUCUGAUUCCGAUUUGGCUUCCCCAUCGUCCAACUCUCGCUAAGCUGAUCAAUCGGCCUCUAGCCGUGACCCAGGUCACACUCAACCAUCCAAGCCAUCGCCGUCGGCCAUGCCUGGUCAAAAGCGGUGCCGAUUGAGGAAGCAAUUCCCUUCCUCGCCCCCAGCACACGAAGACUCGAGGGUUAGACUAGACGAGAACAUCAUGGCGCUAUGCCAUUGCCAAAUUACUGACCGGGGGUUCGCUGAUGCUACUGACACGGUUGGACCCUCUAUCGAGGUCCUAAGACCUACCGGCAUCCAAACCGCCUUAGACGCUCCGUCAGGGUUCUUUACAGUCCAUCUGGCGUCUCUAAAGAAGGGGCUUCGAUUCCCUCUCCACCCGUUAUUGAUUGAAUUCCUCAACGUGGUGGACCUCCUUCCUUGCCAACUAGUCCCCAACUCUCACCGGUACAUUGUCGGUUAUCUGAUCAGAUGCAAGGAUAUAGGGGUGAAGCCUACUCUUGACCACUUCCUGUUUACUUUCAAGCUGACCAAGGGCCAUAAGGAUUGGGCGUCCUAUGCCAGUCUUUCCCAGAGGUCCAACAAACUUUUUACCAACGACAAGAAGGGGUCGACCAAGGACUGGAAGCCCUUCUUUGUCUUUGUCUCGACGGGGCCCGAAUCUCCUUUCACGGGUUCAGGGCUCCCUUCCUUCCGUCGCAUCCCAUGUCCCCCAUCCGACGCCUCCCUCUUGUCCAUCACCCGCCAACUCUACGGGCGAGGGGCCGUCGAUAUCAAGGAGGUGGUGACCGAGGAUUCUCUUGCCCGGAUGGGGUUUGAGUUCGUCCAGGACGAGCUUCGUCACCAACCUGAGUUGUUAAGGGAUAUUCCCGGGGGCAAUCAGCCCGACCUGCCCAGGGACGCUCCUGAGGGAGGCCGUGACUGUGGUCCUUUUGUUGAGCCACAAGGAUUAGAAAGAGAGAUGGAUAGUGACCUCUUGCUCGGUCGCUUCAUGGCGGGGAAGAAGAGGAAGAGGGACGCAACCAAGCAGAGCAAAAGCAAGCUCUCUUCCUCCCGCGGAGAAGAUAGUCCUUCUCGUGAGCAGACCGUGAUCGUGGUGGAGGACCAGGAGGAUGCAGCUUUGGAGACAGUGACUUAUGAGGUGGCGACCGAUGGUCGCUCAACGAGGUUCAGCAUUCCUCCCCCGUCCCCAAGUCUAAGGGAUGUGCAACUUGAGACCCUAAUCACUCUGCCCGCGGAGGACAGGGCUUGCAUCUUGGCCGGUUCCAAAGAUGACCUCAACAAGAUGGUUCUUCAGAGACUUAGCCAGGCUACGCUGGGGAUGAUUGAGGUAGUCGACCGGAGACGGGACCGCCAAACUGCUGCGGACGAAGCGAUGAAGGCUGCAGAAGCUAAGCAAAAAGGACUGCAGGAGGAGGUCGCUCGUCUCACAAGAGAGUUGGAGGAGAAAGAGGGUUGCUUUGCCACCCUUGAGGCAGAGAAAGCCUUCUUGGCUUCAGAAAUAGGGCCCAUUUCUGCCCGCGUAGCUGAGCUGGAAGGGGAGAAAACCGAUUUGAUUCAGCGGUUGGAGACGGAGAGGAGCGAUCGAGUCUGUCAUGUGGAGGAAGCGAUCGAGUCCUUCAAGUCUUCUCCUGACUUUUCUGUGGUCGCUAUGGAGCGAAUGGACAAGCUGGCGGCCGAAUGGCUCAAAACCGAGCCUGGGGCCUAAUGGAUGGUCAAGGAGGGGACGAAGUCCUUCAACUGCGGACUCUUUCGUGCCCAGCAGGUCUUCCGCGACAAGCUAGCCCAGCUCCCCAAAGGAUUCUCUCUCCCUGACCUUGGCUUUCCCCCUCCCUACCGUGCCCUGGCUGAGUUCGAC